AUAGAUAAAACGUAGAAAAGAGCAUGCGAAAUUAGUGAAAAUUUCUAUCAAAAAUUAUUUAAAAAUUAUGAAAAUUUAUUUAAAAAUAAAAAGAACUUCUUGAAAUAUAAAGUGUACAAAAAUAUAGCCAAAUAAGCUAAUAUAAUAUUGAUAAAAGUUAUAAAAUAAUAGCUGCAAGAGAAAAAGAACUCGUCAGAGAAAAAUAAAUAGAUCAUUGAAUAAUUGUUUUUGAAAAAAUAAAAAGGUAAGUUUUAUUAAAAAAAAGAAAGGGUGUCAGUUUAUCCAACUUGAGAGGUUAGAAAAAAAUCGAUAUCUUGGUGGGUUUGUCCUUGUUUCCUCCGCAACUUUGUAAUGACUGAAGCUUUAGUGGCACCCUUGAUACCACAACUACAAGAAAUGCAACAACCACCGAAUGUUAAUGCCAAUAAUGGCAACAACCAGCAGCAGCAAGCUAAUCAGUGGGCCAGCUACAAUGCCUGGUACCAAAAUGGUGGACAAUAUCAGCAACAAUAUUCUCCCAUUCAUUAUCAAUACUAUAUGCGUUAUGGCAUGGAUAAAAAUCAACAACAGCAAACGGGAGUUACUUCAACCAUUUCCAAUAGUAAUGCUCCGCCCGGUUUUAGUAAUUCCGUUAUACCUCAAGGUGACAAACAUUUGCCACCUUUGCCAGCGGGACCACCACCUCCACCUGGUAGUGGUGGCGGCAAUCAGCAGCAAAAGAAUUUUGGAGGCAUUAAAUUCAAUCUAAAUCAACAAAAACGCUUGGCAAAUGCACCAAAUCCUCUGCAGCAGCAACAAGCCAUGAAUGGCAAUUUCAAUGGUGGCUUUCCAAAUAAUAUGAAUAAUAAUAAUCAAAACAACAAUGUCAACAACAAUAAAAAGAAACGUAAACGUAAUAAAAAUAAACAGAAUCAAAUUCAACAACAGCAACAGGCCUUAUUUGAUGCUCAUUUUGAAGAAAAUCAGCUACAAAUGCAAACUAGUUCAGCUGGUGGUGACUUUAUUAAUACUUCCAUACCACCACCACCACCUCCACCCAUAAUAGCCAAUUUGGAUUUGAGUAAACCACCGCCACCCAUUGGCAAACCUUUGAGUAACAACGAUUUACAUACCGAAAUCAAUGUUCAACAACCACAAUUGCCUGUGGCCACAACCACAAAUUCCCCCGCGUCGACUUUUAAGAAACCCAAUGCUUUUCACAAUCCCAAUGAUGCCUGGCCUGAGUCUUUAAACAAUUAUGUGGCCCGUUGUUAUGCCAAAUGUACCACUGACUUGGAUAAGGAUCAAAUCGAUAUUUGUUUAAAGGGCAAAAUUAUAGCGGCUGCCAAUCGCAAUGAACUUUGGACGCGCGAUUGGGACACUGAACCCAUACCCAGCGUCUUUAGUGAACGUAAUAGUCUUAAUGUUAAACUUCACAAUAACAAUAGUAGCAAUAAUUCGCCGUCGACGCCACAAAAUCAACGUAAUCCUUUUCAGAAUAAUCACAAAAAUGUUCCGUCUAGUAUUCCCAUGGAUCAUUUGAAAAAUAAAAUAGCUGCUGGCGGUUUAUCGCGUAAUUUAAAUGCACGUCUCGGUCAGCGUAAUUCAUUUGGGAGCGCUAACAAAUCCAAGGAUUCCCGUAGUCGGUCGCGUUCACCCUCUUCGUCUAAAUAUCGUCACAAACGUACUUCUCGGUCGCGUUCUCGUUCGCGUUCAUCGUCCUCGUCACCUCCCCGCAAAUUGCGUCGUUCCUCAUCUUCUUCGUCGUCUUCCUCUGGUUUUAUACCACUUUCCUCUUCCUCCUCCUCCAAUAACACAUCUUUUCUCAGUAAAAAACAACAGAAACUACAAAAUAAGAAAAACAAAAAACACGAUUCUAUCACUGCAAAUGGUGGUAAAUCUAAAGUUCCCUUUUAUUCCUCUUCGAUUGGUGGCGCAGUAGAUGACGAUACUGCACGUCUCCAACAAAGAGCAGCACGCUUUUCACAAAGCGGCGGCACCAAAAAAGCCAUAGUAGCUGUAGCCAGCUCACCCUUUGGUCAAACGAAUAAAGGUGGAAGUAAUAAAAAUACUAAGAAAUUCAAUAAUUCGCGUUUGUAUAUGGAUGAUUCGGAAAAUGGUGAAAAUAUAGAUCUUUUAGAUUUGCAUAUCGUUGGUACGUGUCGUGAUUUGGAAAAGUCCUUUUUGCGUCUAACAAAAGCACCAGCACCCUGUGAAGUAAGACCCGUUGAAGUGUUGGUACAUUCACUGGAAAAUGUCAAACAAAAGUGGCGUAGUAAUCAGGAUUAUUUCUAUGCUUGUGAUCAAUUGAAAUCUAUAAGACAAGAUUUAACGGUCCAAGGUAUACGUGACAAAUUCACGGUGGAAGUAUAUGAGACACAUGCCCGCAUUGCCAUGGAAAAGGGUGAUCAUGAGGAAUUCAAUCAAUGCCAGACCCAAUUGAAGAUGUUGUACAGCGAAGUGGGUACCAGUACGAAUACUUUGGAAUUUACCGCCUAUCGUAUACUCUAUUAUAUAUUUACGAAAAAUACCUUGGACACUACAACUGUUCUACGUUCUAUCACACAAGCUCAACGAGAAAAUCCUGCCAUUGCCCAUGCUAUGGAAUUCCGUUCCGCCUGGGCUAUGGGCAAUUACUGCAAACUAUUCCGUUUAUAUAAAUCAGCACCUUUAAUGGCUGGUCAUCUUAUUGAUUGGUUUAUCGAAAGAGAACGCAAGGUUGCUUUGAGGACUAUGAUUAAAUGUUAUCGGCCUAAUAUCAGCGUUGACUAUGUAACCGAAUUGUUGGCUUUUGAAUCGCGUGAUAAAUGUAAAGAAUGGUUGACUGGUUUCAGUUUACCAUUUGUAGGUGCCGAUGAAACACAAAUUGAUUGUAAAGUUGCCUCAACCAUAGCAAUAUGAAGCAAUUAAUUUGGUACAAACCAAAACAACGUCGUCUAAACAACGUUUAAGGAAAACCUAUAUAACAACCAUUUAAAGAGUAAACUGUUUAAAUUUGUUGCAAACAACAAACAUAAUUUGUUAACAGCCAUCCGCCCUCGCCCCCCGUUUUUAUGUAACAUAUAAACAGUUAAACUCUUUUAAAUGCCAACAAACAAACAACGUGUUAAAAAAUGUACAGAUUUAAACAAAGAAAGCGUUCUCUAUUCGUAAAACCAAUUAAGAAAACCAGAUAAAACAACCAAAAAUAAGCCCAAAAUUUUAACUACAAAUGAAGGAAAACAUAAUAUAAUAAUAAACAUCCUUGCUAAAAGAUGAUGUUUAUGUCAAUAUCAAUUUAUUCCCUUAAAACAAAGUGUUACAAUUUUCAAUAUCUCUAAACAUUUUGGACUUUUGUUAUCUUUUAUAAACGACCGACCCUCCUGGCCCCUUCAUGUUUGUUGUCCAAAAAGAGAAUUUUAUUUCAAGAAGUGCUUUGAAUUAUUAAUGACUUUUUUCUGUGAUAAUUCAAUGUUUAUUUUCCAAAAUUUCUAUUGAACAGUUCUACGUUUAACAAAACUGAGAAAUUGAUGGUGAUUUUUUUUCUAUUUCAAAUUAAAACAACUACGUUAAUAUAAUAAUAAUUUAACAAAAGUUUUCGCUUUGUGUAUGAACUAUUAAGGUUUUUAAUUAAAAAAAUGUCUUCAUUUCAAGUACCUUUAUAAAAAAUCUACGGAACACAACUUUGUCGUUAUUUAAAUCAUCAUUUAAAAAAAAUUUAAGGAAUAUUUACUACAGAUUUGUAGUAUUUAUUUCAAACUUUAACUAAACUUCAUGGAUCCUAAAACCUUUACUGGAAACUUUACAAUUAAAUACUGCUGCUCUUCGCAAAGGUGUUUUACCUUGCAGCGCUUACGUCAUGUAAAGUCUUAUAGACUGGACGCGCCAGCAGGUUUGCAGCAGGUUCAACUGAAAUUAUUUACUGUUGAAAAGCAGUAAAUCGUUUUUGAAGGCCAAGAAAUGUUACAAUAUGUCAUCUAGAUUUUGCAGCAGGCUCACACGAAAUGAUUUAUUUUUGGAAAGCAGCAAAUUGAUUUUGAAGGCUAUGAAAUGUUCGAAUGUCAACAAUUAAAUAGUCCCUGGAAAUCAAGGGAUACUCAACUACAAGAAAGCAAUGAAUUUUUAAUAUCAACAGAAUUACGGAUGGAAAAUUUCGGAUUACCACAGUAUAAAACAAUUUUUACUCUGGAAAUAGAUGCCGAAAAGUAUAUUGAAUUCGAUUCGAAGGACCAAUAAUAUUUAGAAAGCUAAAGAACGUUCAAAGACAUCCAAACCAAUAAAUAAUGUUCGAAAAGCUGAGUUAACACAACUACAGAAUGUCAUAUUCAAUAUUCACUUCAAAAUUUGCGUUUUGAAAAUAUAUUAAAAUUUGGGAUACGAUUCGAAGGACCAAUACUAAUUAGAAAGCUAAAUAAUGUCCAAAAACAACUAAACUAAUAAAUAAUUAUGGAAAAGCAGAGUUAACACAACUUCAGAAAGUUAUAUUCACUUCAAAAUUCGCGUUUUGAAAACAUAUAUUAAAAUAUCGAAGUUCGGUAUACGAUUCGAAGGUCCAAUAAUGCAAAAUAUCGCGCGACAAAAUGCAGUUCCCGUAUAGCAGAGUUCAAAUCAGUGAUUUUAAAAAAUAUUGUGAUUCAAAAGCUAAAGAAAUCUAAUAUGGUUUAUUUUUAAUGAAGCCAAGGUUUCCUUCAAAAAUCAGCGAUUCGAAGAACAUAUAAAAAUUUGUCUCCAAACCUCGACUAAGAAGUAAUACCAGAAGAGUACAAUAAACACAGUCCUUGAAAGGCAUAACCAUUUCGAAGUAUGCGAAGUACACGAUUUAGAAAGACAAUAAAUGUCAAAAUAUUCAAUGCAGCAAAACAGUUUUGAGCACAAAAUGAAGAAUUGAUAACAAUUUAGAAAAUUAUUCAAUAAUUUCUUAGCAAUUUCAAAUAUUUUGAGAAACCCACAUUCAAAUGAAUUUGUGUCUUAAUUAAACACACAGCCGAUUAGUCCUACUUUGCAUUUUCCCCAGAUAAUUGAAACUUCGUUUGGAAACUGACCGAGUCUCAUUCGUUCAAUAACUGCCAGCCAACUCAGCCAGAAAUAAUUCUCAGCUCAGCCAGGAGAAAAAUAUUCAUCAAACUUUUAGAAAAACAACUUUAUAGCUAAAUGCUGAAGGGAAAAGAAGGCAAAAUUUCAGAAGUUUUUUUUUGCUGUUCUAGCAAAUGAUAAUUAAAAUUUCCGUUAAAUUUGAAAAUCUUUUAUUGCUUUCAAAGUGUGCUGAUCAGCUUUACAAUGAAAAAUGAAAUUUAAAGGAAAACCAACUCCAAACAUUAUUUAGAUAAUCAAUAAAAACGGAAAAAUACCAAAUAAUAGGAAACAAUUUUUGAAAAUUCGAAAUUCAAUGUUCGAAAUUACUUAAACCAUUAAUCUUGUGAAAAAAACUGCAUGCAACAAACUAAUUUAAGGUACUGGAAGCUAAAUAUCAACUUAUUAAAGGGAAUAAAACAGAAAUGUUUUGAAUUCGAAGUUUAAAAUUUUCAAAACAAUUCGAAAUUAUAACAAAACUAAAGAAAUAAAUAAAACAAAGGAAAAUAUAAAAAAUCUAAGCAACAAAGUAAAAGAUAAAAAUAAAAAAAUUCUUUAAAUUAAAAAAAAAAUAAAAGAAACACUAAAAGUUUAAAGAAAUUACCAUGAAAAUAAAAUCCAAAAUUAAAAUUAAUUAAAAAAAAUUAAUAAAUAAAAUAAAAAAAACCAGUGGUGUAAUUCAAGGACUUAACAAAAAGGGAUAAAUUGAUAAAAUUACAAAGACUCGUUAAAGCAUAUUUGGCCCUAAGGGCUUGAUUCUAAAUAAAUGAAAAUAAAUAAAAAAUAAAUAAAUAAAGCAAAACUCAAAUCUCACAAAAUAAACAUUAAAAUCCUAAGUGAAGAUUUUUUUUAAAAAAAAACUCCCACCUUCAUAUCAUCCUGCCCCAUCAAAAAUAAUUUAAGAAUCCAUUAAAAAAAUCAACUACAACUAAUCAUAAAUUUUCUCCCCUCCCCCAAUAAUAAAAAAAAUAUUUUAAAAUGUUUCUUUUGUUUGUGUUAGAAUAUGCCGCCCUCUCUUUCAAUUCACUAACAAUUUGUUUUUUUUUUAAUUUAAAUUUUGUUUAACAUUUUUUUUUUAAAUUUUUUAUUUAUUUAUUAUUUUUUUAAAUGUUGUAAUGUCUAUUUGUUUCAAUUUUUGUUUGUUCAAAAACAAAAAAUUAAUUCUUUCGAUAUAUUGUAAUGUUAAAAAAAAGAUAUUUUAUUCGAAACAAAAACAACAAAAUUUUUUUGGCCAACUUUUAAACAAUUGUUAACAUUAGUACUACUAAAACAAAAAACACAAACACACAAAAACAGCAAAAAAAAAAAACUAAUAAAUGUUUGUUUUUUCUCUGAGAAAUUUACUAAAGAGAAACAAUACUGAUUGAUGCCAGCAAAAGAGUAACAACAACAACAGCAAUCUAGAUGUUAAACAGUAUCACUACAAUACCAAGCCGCUGCUAGUCUUACUAAAGGAAAUAAUUUUACUGUAACUGGAAGUCCAGCUAGCUACCAAAACAAUAUGCAGCCCUGGAAAACAUCACCCUCUCUCUCUCUACUAACAUCACUUCCCAACAUCAGUUCAUCCAUCAGCUGUCAACAGUCGUAAGCAUGUCUGAUUUUUUUACUUUAAAUUUAUAUAAACUAAAACUUGCUAUAAAUAAUUAUUAUUCUCCAUCAUCAUUUAUAAACUCUUUAUAAGAGCCAAAUAAUUAAUAUUUAUUAAUAUAAAUAUUUUAAUAUUUAUUUUUUCCAAUAUGUAAAAAAUAAAUUUCUUCGAAUUUAUUUAUCACUAGAAAAACAAAUUAUUGAAUUUAAAUGUAAACAUUGGCGUUUGGUUUAUAUUUAUCAAAUUAAUUUCCCUCUUAAUUAUUACUAUUAUUUUUAUUCUUAGUUAUUAAGUUAUUUUUAAUUAUCAUUAUUAUUACCAUAUUACUGUUAAUUAUUUUUAAUUGUAUAUAAUAAGUGAAUUUAAAAAAAAAAUCAAAAAAGCAUACACAGCAGCACACAAUUCAAAGAAGAUCAUUAUAACCAACUAAUUUACUAAUUACCUAAAUAUUAAAAAUUGAAUGUGUGCGUGCGGGACGCUUAUUUAAUUCAUUGAUUUCGUAUGGGCGCCUAUACAUGAUCUAUCAAUCGUAUCAACAACUGGUGGCACGUUACAACAAAAUAUAAAGAAAAAGAAAUUUAGUUUCAAUAAAGCGUUUGAAUAAUAAAUAAUAAA